AUGUUUAUUAAAUACUUACUUGCUAACCUCUCAGGGCUGGAAUUGUGGGGUUUGACGGCAUUAUUUGCUUCUUCAGUCGAUUUUGAGACACAAGAACAAGAUGCGGAGCACCGAUUGACUUUCCUGGAUGACCUUGUGUGCUUUUUUGGAAGUAAAAAUAACAAGAAUAAGAGUUACUCCAUAUACCAAACUCGAUUAUUUUCCUUGAUAUAUACUGGUUUUAACGUGAGACUCUUAUCCGACCACAAGAAUAACAAACAUAUCAAGAAUCUAUUGGUACCAACACAUCAGUUCUUAUCUGUAACUCUGUAUGUACUUUUUUUGUCUGAAUUUAAAGACCCUGAAAAUUAUUAUGUGAAAUUCAAAGUUAGCUAUCCUGUUCUCACAAGUGCUUUUUGUUUUGUUACAGUGCUCGACUCAUCUGUCCACUGGGCACAGCUUGUGGAUAAUGUGAUAAAGCCAGUCUCGAGAGAGAACCAGAGAACCUUCUCGGAGAAUCUCGCUAAUUAA